GUGCUACCACUUGUUUAAGGUAGCACAAAAUGCCAGAACUCAAGAUCAAUAAAAUUCAUCCUUUCAUUUCAGCCGCCAAGCGCUGAUCUUCCUCCUGGCUCUUUGCGGAUCCAAAAAAAGUCUAUCUGUGUAGACCAACAUGAGCUUGCUCAAGCGUGAUCUAUACUUUUUGCCUUUCAGCUAUGAAUUGCCAUGCAUAUUACGAUCUCAACGUCGUUGCCACAGCCAGUUUCUUGAUCCAACAAAAAUUCAAUAAAUUUUGACCAUCGGGUAUUGUCUUUGGGGAGAGAGGAUCAUUCACAAAAAUAGCCAGUCACAGGG